AACUGUAUAUAGUACGUAGGGUAUAUAAAAGAUUCCCGGGUCUGAGACUUGGAACAUGUUUCUUCAAACCGGAAAUUAAAAUUCAAAAACUAUCAAAACGACAAAGGAGUACGCUUUGUCUUGCUGCGUUUUGGAAUAAUCUUUUUGUUCACUUCUCUCCUCCUCUUUUCUUUUUUUCUCAGACUACUCACUGCCCAAAGCCACUACUCAAGCAUUAUCUCUCUCACAUUACUCUUGGACUCCGCCAAAGUAAAAAAAAAAACUCAGGCUCCACACUGAAGAAUCAAAGAAGAAGCUGGAAAGAUACUCAUCUUGUGCAUUGGAGGGAUAAUAUUACAGUAUGCAGACCCAAAAGGCAAGUAAUGGAUCUCCAGAUGUUCCAAAGAAAGUGUCUCCUCGAGCUGCUCGGCCACUGAAGAUAACAGCGCUAGACCCUGACUCUUCUUCAUCUCCCAUCUCAGCUAAUAACAGAACACCAAAGAACAAAAGUCCAAAAGUUCUGGACCGUAGGUCUCCAAGAAGCCCUGUCUCCGAGAAGAAGAGGCCAAGCAGAAUAACAGAGCUUGAGUCACUAGUCUCACAGCUUCAAGAGGAUCUGAAGAAGGCGAAAGAUCAAGUCACAGUGUCUGAGACAUCAAAGAAGCAAGCAGAGCAAGAAGCAGAAGAGUCCAGGAAACACCUCGAACAAGUUUCCUCCAAGCUCCAGGAGAACCAGAAUCAUUUUCUGGAAUGUGAUCUGGAGUUUGGUCCCACUGCUGAUGAAAGGACAGGAUUGGCUUUUGUUGUUCAGGAGAUCAGACAGCUCAAGCUUCAGAUCGAGAUGGUGGCUUAUUCUGAAGCUGGUCAUGUGAAACAAGCCGAGCUGCGUAACUCGGAGGUUCACCUAUUGAGAGGGAACUUGAUGGAGACGGUUUUUCUAGUCAAGAAUUUUAGGAACCAGCUUAAGGACUGUGAGGUGUCGGAAGCUGAAACGGAGGCUUUAGCCACCGAGACUCUUAGGCAACUGGAGAAUGCUAAAAGGGCAGUGGAAGAGCUCAAGUCAGAUGGCACAAAAGCAGUUGAGAGUUAUAAGAAGAUGGCUGUAGAGCUUGAACAGUCAAAAUCAAGAAUGGUACUGCUUGAAGCUCUUGUGAAUAAACUUCAUGCCAAACCUGAGGAUUUGGAUAACCAAGACUAUGAAGAAGUAUCUUCCUUAAGAAGUGAGGUAGAGAGACUGAGAGGGGCUCUAGAAGCUUCUGAUAAAAAGGAUCAAGAAGGGAAUGUAGAGGCUUCUUCUCGGUUAAGGAUACAAGCUGAGCUCCAGUCUGAGUUAAAGAUUGCUAGAUCCGAGAUAGAUGAGCUGAAGGGGAGGCUGGUGGAGAAGGAAACAGAGUUACAGUUUAUCUCAGAGGAGAAAGACAACUUAUACCUGAAACUGAUGAAGAGCAAGAAGGAGACAGAUGUAGAAACUGAGGUGAAGCAACUCAAGGAGGCGGUGGAGAACUUAAAGGCGGAUCUGAUGGAUAAGGAGACAGAACUCCAGAUAGUUUCAGAUGAGAACGAGUCACUGAAGUCAGAUAUCAGCAAGAGGGAGACGGACGUGCAAGACGUGCUGGUGAAGCUAGGGAUUGCGAUGGAAGAAGCUGACAAGAGUAGCAAGAGAGCGGUGAGAGUGACUGAGCAGCUUGAUGCAACUCAAGCGUCGAACUCGGAGAUGGAGAUAGAGCUCAGGAAGCUGAAAGUUCAGUCAAACCAGUGGAGAAAAGCUGCUGAAGCAGCUACGGCCAUGCUAUCUGCUGGAAACAACGGGAAGUUUGGUGAGAAUUGUGAUAGAAAGAACUCUGCUUACUCUGAGGAUGUUGAUGAUGAUGUGGCAAAGAAGAAGAAUGGGAAUGUGCUCAAGAAGAUUGGUGUUUUGUGGAAGAAGCCUCAGAAAUAGAUUUGGGGGAGUGACUGAUAUAAUAAUCAGGUAACGUUGAUUUGGAGUUGGAUUAUAAAAGACCAUCCUGUGACUCUGGUAUUGAUGUGUAUUUAGAAGUUUGGGAACUAUGUUCUGGAAAAGAUUUGAAGCUGUAGUAAUUUUAUGUUAAAACUGUUAAAAGUUGUAUCCAUGAGGAUUACUGAGCCAAGUGAGGCCCAACUUAGAAGGGUUGGAUGUUUACUGAGUCAACAGUAAGGCCCAACGAGUCAUAUAGAUAGUAUCGGCCCGGCCUCUGUGUUAUUGA